AUGGCUCCUGUGCGCAAAGCUCUCAUUGCCAUCACCUCUGCCCAUGCAGUCCUCUACCCGGAUGGAAAAGAGACUGGCCUUUUCAUUACCGAAGCUCUGCACCCUUUCCAGGUCUUCCGCAAGGCUGGCUUUGAAGUCGAUCUCGUCUCUGAGACUGGAACUUAUCAACCGGAUUGGCUCUCGGAGCAGAAAGACUGGCUGAACGAUGCCGACCGAGCUGUGUGGGAGGAUCACUCGAGUGAAUUCCGUUCCAAGUUGGAUAACUUGUUGAAGCCAAGCGAUAUUAACCCAGCCAACUAUGGCCUGUUCUUUGCCUCGGCAGGACAUGCAUCUCUGAUCGACUAUCCGGAUGCCAAGGGACUGCAGAAUAUUGCGGCCAAGAUCUUCACCGCGGGUGGUAUCGUGUCUGCCGUAUGCCACGGUGGUGCUAUCUUCCCGGGAAUUAUUGACCCCGCCACUGGCAAGUCCAUUAUUGCGACCCGCCGAGUGACCGGAUUUACAAACCGCGGCGAGGAGGAACACGGUAUCCUGGAGGUUAUUCAAGGAUGGAACAAACAGACCAUCGAGGCUUCGGCCGCCUCCUGUGGAGCAACCUAUAUCUCUCCUCCUGGUCCCUGGGAUGCCUUUUCGAUUACCGAUGGGCAGAUUGUUACCGGCGCCAAUCCCGCCAGUGCCCAUGUGACAGCUGAAAAUGCAGUCAAGGCCUUUGAGGCUAUUUAA